UUUGAGGACACAGCUUCUCUGUGGGCUGAGGCUGGCAGCUGGAAGGGAGGGCUGUCCCAUGGCAGCUGGGAGCUUCAUAUCCCACAAAGCUGCUGCUUUAGGGAGUGGACCUGGCUGAGUAUAAACCCUUGUGUUUUAUUUCUUGAUGGCACCCAGUGCAUGAGCUGAGUCAUGCUUUGUGCAUAAGGUGUGGUUUGUUGAGGACUUGUUUCUUUUGGGUUGUUGCCCUGGGAAGACAUUACUUUUGGGUGUUUCAUGGAGCCUUUGAGCACUAACAUCACUGCUCUCUGUGUCACCAUUUGAGAGCAAACAAGCUGGACACAGCCAUGGGGGACUCUCCAGCAAAUGUCCUGGAUGGAGGCAUGGACACACAGACUGAGCUGGUGGAAAGGGUGGCAGCCAUAGAUGUGUCUGUUGUCCCAGACAGAAGUGACCAAAAUGGUGAAGACAACCCUGAAGAAAACGACACAGUCUUUUCUGAUAACAUAAAGGACAUCCAGAGAAACGGAGUCAGCAGUGACGUGGGAAUCAAUGAAUUUCUGCCUUCCCAACAGUCAGAAGAUGCUCACUUGAGGCACGUUCCCAAGAGACCUCCAACCAGACCUGGUCUGUCCAGUAGGAAGCUGUCCCUUCAGGAAAGAUCCUCAGGAGGUUAUUUGGCUUCCAGCAGCACUGCAGGCUGUGGUCCCUAUGCCACAGGGCCAUCCCCACGGAUAAUGAGGAGACCAACGAUCGAGUCACACCGCGUCUCCAUAUCAGACGCUGAGGACUGUGUGCAAUUAAACCAGUACAAGCUGCAGAGUGAAAUAGGCAAGGGCUCCUACGGCGUGGUGAAGCUGGCCUACAACGAGAAUGAUGACAAAUACUAUGCUAUGAAAGUCCUCUCCAAAAAGAAGCUCUUGAAGCAGUAUGGAUUUCCACGUCGGCCUCCUCCCAGAGGGUCCAAAGCAUCCUCGGGAGAGCAGCCCAAGCCCAUGGCACCCCUGGACAGAGUCUAUCAGGAAAUAGCCAUCCUCAAGAAGUUGGACCACGUCAAUAUUGUUAAGCUGAUAGAGGUCCUUGAUGAUCCUGCAGAGGACAACUUGUAUAUGGUGUUUGACCUCAUGAGGAAAGGGCCCGUGAUGGAGGUGCCCAGUGAGCAGCCCUUCAGCGAGGAGCAGGCUCGGCUCUACUUCCGAGACAUCGUCCUGGGCAUCGAGUACUUGCACUACCAGAAGAUCAUCCACAGGGACAUCAAGCCUUCCAACUUGCUCUUAGGAGAUGAUGGCCACGUGAAGAUUGCUGAUUUUGGUGUCAGCAAUCAGUUUGAAGGGAAUGAUGCCCAGCUCUCCAGCACAGCAGGGACUCCAGCCUUCAUGGCCCCUGAGGCCAUCUCACAGACUGGCAAAAGCUUCAGUGGAAAGGCCCUGGAUGUGUGGGCCAUGGGAAUCACCCUGUACUGCUUUGUUUAUGGCAAGUGCCCUUUUAUAGAUGAAUAUAUUCUGGGUCUUCAUAAUAGGAUCAAGACCAAGCCUGUGGAGUUCCCAGAAGAGGCACAGAUAAGUGACGAGCUCAAGGAGCUGAUCCUGCGCAUGCUGGAUAAAAAUCCAGAAACCAGGAUAACAGUCCCUGAAAUUAAGGUGCACCCCUGGCUGAGCCGGGGCGGCGCCGAGCCGCUGCCGCUGGAGGAGGAGCACUGCUCCGUGGUGGAGGUCACCGAGGAGGAGGUCAAGAACUCCGUGAAGACCAUCCCCAGCCUGCCAGCUGUGAUCCUGGUGAAGGCCAUGCUGAGGAAACGCUCCUUUGGGAACCCCUUUGAGGUCCAGACAAGGAGGGAGGAGAGAUCCAUGUCUGCUCCAGGGAACCUGCUGAUAACGCAGGGCAGCAGAGAAGCCGCCCGGGACCCGGAGCUGCCCGACGUGAGCGAGGACGAGCCCGCGGCCUGAGGGUGCGGCUGCUGCCGGGGCCGCCAUCACCCUCAGCGCCCUCACCGCCCUCACGGCCCAGCCCGGGGCCUGCCCAGCAGAGCGAAGAGAGCCUGGCAGGAGCAGCCCGAGCCCAGCAGGAGCCGAGGGAGCCGGGAAUGCCCGGCGGGAGGAGCCGGGCAGUGGCGGCAGCCCCGGCCGAGGUGCCCGCGGCUCCUCCGUGCGUGCCUUGUGCUUCACCCGAGCAGCCGGGCUGGGCUCCCCUCAAGGGGCCUUUCCCCCACAGAGACUUUGUCCUUGUGUUGUUGCAUUAUCUACAUCAAGCAUCAGGGGAAAAAAUCCUAGUAUUGUACGGGAGGGCAACUGUUUUAUUUUAUUUUGUGUACAUCAGGAGUGCUGCUGCUGGUGUGGAGAUGAAGACAAAAUGUCUUUGGGUAUCAGUGAAAUGAGGACGAGAUGCUGCUGUUGGAGUGAACAUCAUCCCUCCCUGUGUCUUUCUUUCUCUUUCUUCCCUUUUCCUUUUUCCCUUAUCCAUUGAUUGCUUCUAAACUUGGGGUUAGAAGCUUCAUCUCAAUAAUUCGACAACUGGUAAGAGAUUACCCUUAAAAAGGUAAAUACAAAAAGGGAAGAAAGAGAAAGACAGACACAGGGAGGGAUGAUCCCUGAGUUUUGCACAGUGUCAGUCCUGCCCCAGCCGUGGCUUUAGUCAGGCAGAGCAAAGCAGAGGAGUCCCAGGAGAUUCCCUGGGUGUGGGUGAGCCCUGGGUGGCACAGAGCCCUGAGCAUGGGGAUAUGCUGGCACACAGAACAGCUUUGUGCUCCAGGGACUGCUGCCAGGGCUGCUCUGCCAAAGAGCUGGCAAUGCUCCCACUCCUGCACCCACUCCUGCACCCAUGGACCAUGGUCUGCAGCUGAAAAGAGAGGCAGGUUUGGGUUUUAUUUUAUUUCAUUUCCAUCUCUUCACUUAAUCUCUUGUGUACCUGAUGCUUUUAAAUUUCCUGAAAAUGAUCCAAACUGGCAGAAGUUCCUAGGAUGGAAUGUUGGUGGAGGGUUUUUAGGAAGAUACAGAGCACAAGUUCACAACUUGAUUUUUAAAUUUUUUUAAAGGCUUUAAUUUUUAAUUUUAAGACUCUGAUUUUUAUGCAUGUACUGAUGCUGCUAUUUUAUCCAUAGAUUGCUUCUAAACUUGGGGUUAGAAGCUUCAUCUCAAUAGUUUGACAACUGGUAAGAGAUUACACUUAAAAAGAUAAACACAAAAAGGCAAAUACAGUCAUUUUUGUGGCUGUUGAUGUACAAUCUGUGUGGAUAAUCAGGAAUUUCACUCUUCCAUUCAGAGAGUAAAGACCAGUGACAUCCAUCUGUCAAAAUACAUGUCAUUAUUUUCCCUUGAGCCUUAUGGGGCCUGAACGUGCCCCUGGGAAGCCAGUGGGAUUGCAAUCUUAUUUUAUAGUACUUAAAGAAAGGGCAUGAUUAAAUUUGGUUCCUACAUAAUCACCUUAGUGUCUGUUUUUAGGUUAAUCCUGAGGACUUGGGACAUUGUUCCCUCAUUUUUUGUGCAGGGGGACACAUGUGUGAGGGUUGUUGGUAGUGGCUGGUGUAUCCUGGUGCUCCUGUUCUGUUUGCUGCAAUCUCAUUUGAUGCUUCCCAACAUUUUCUAGCUGGGCUUUGCUGCUGGUGCCUUCUGUCUGUCCCCAGCCCGUCACCUCCCCUCACUCAGCAUGCCAGUGUGAUGCCCAGCACUCCCCAGCCUGGGCUCUUCCUUGGAAAUAUUGGCAAAAUUGGAAAGAAAAUUGCAGCUUCUCUAUUAAAUGGAGACCUUUAAUGCUGAAAGCUGCUGUUGGAUCCUGUCAGGGUUGCUGCUGUGGGGCUGAGCUCUGCAUUGCUUCUUCCAGUGCUAAAUCCUGCCUGGUUUUUGGUAUCUGCACCAGCUGUGAGCUCAGCAUGCCCUGAGGAGCCUGCUCCUGCACCUGGAGGGUGCCCUGAUCCUUCCCCCAGCCUGGGACAAGGGACUUGCUGCUUGUCAUGAAGAUUUAGGUACCCAGAGGUAGGGAGUGAAAAGUCUGAGAGCUUUUUCAUCUCAUUUCAUGCAGCAUUUCAGGGCUGCAGGGGAUUCUGCAGAUGGGAAAGGUUGUCCAGGUGGAACUGCUGCCUGUGGAAGGGACAAUCUAUGGAUACAAACUGAUCUCUCCUCCAGUUUGUGGAAAAAACUUUCCCUAAGACUGGACCAGGGAGUGGCCUUGGAGAAAAGACACAUCUCAGGAACGUGCCCUGCCCCAGGGAGAAAAGGGACCUCUGGUAAUCCCCAUCUCUGUGGGACUUCUGAAGUCUUAAGUCCUGGGUUGUGCUCUAAGGAGGCAAACAUGAUGUUAGUUAUUGUAUUUUUAAUCUGUGGCAAGAAUAAUUUGCUAACCCAGGCAUCUGGGGUUAUUUUAGUGAUGCCCAAGGCUGUUCUCAGCCUUAAUUAAUGCAACCAAGCAAAUGAUGAGUUACAAAUGAGCUCCAUAUGAUGUUCCUUUAGUGGUACCUAAAUCAUCACUUCAGUUUUGGAGAGGAAUGGAUGUUUUUUAUUAUUAUCUCAAAAUCUACUUUGAAAUAUUUGCCCUUUCAGCUAAAAUAAAUCCUUCUGGAGCUGUUCCCACAUGUCCAAGAACCACCUCCUCCAGCUCUGAGCUCGUGUCACACCUUGUUUCUUCAGCAAAUCUGCCAACAGGCUUUCCUUUAUCCCCCUAAAAAACACCCCUAUGGUGUCACAAACAGCAGCCUGAAAACCUGCAUGAAAUGAGAUGAAAAAAUGUGCCCUGGCAGCAGGAAAAACGCUCAGAUAGCAAAACCAGGCUCUUCUCACUCACUGCAAUGAAAUCCCUGCUUGUUUAUGUGCAUGUUAGAGCAGCUCAGGGCAACUGGUUCUGCUCUGAAGAGAGGAAGAGGCUGAAGAGAGGGGAUUUGUUUGAGAAUAAACAUCCCAGGCAAGGCAGCGCUUUCAGCUCUUGAGUAAAAUCAUUCUCUUCAGCUGGAUGGGUAAAUAUUUGUUUGUUCCUCUCUGAUAGAGGGGAUGGGGUUCAGUGUGGCUGUGCAGAGCAGGUGUGGCACACUCGUGCUCUGUGAUUUUCCCCUCCAAAUCCUCUCCUCUGCUGUUCCUGGAGCACUGGGAUGCUCUGGCCUGGGUUAGCUGGGUUUGGAAUCACCAGCAGGGCUCCUCUUUCCCCCAUCACCAUUGCAUCUGCUCAAGUUUUCCAGACUCUUCCAGAAUUAGGAUGAUUUUCUUGAAAGAAAUUUCUCAUUUGGGGGAGCAGCACAUAUCUGUGAUCUCCAGGAGAUGGAUUUCUUUGUCUCAUUGAAUUAAUGGCUCUUGGCCUUUGGUUCUGGGGUAGUGCUAAGUAAAAAUCCUGGUCAGGUCCCUCCUGUCCUGCCCUGGGGAAUGCACAGUCUGUGUCUUUAACC